AUGUCUUCAUCAGGGACAUCUCAACCUUCUAUCGAUUAUGACGAGGAUAUUGCCCCUGCCCUCCCCGCAUCGGCCGAGCCCAACCAACCACUGUCUGCAUCAUCAGCGAUGGACGCAGCUCUUAUUGAAAUCUCGAGUGGCGCUCCUACGUCAAGGACGAUAAGAAACGAAAGGCGAGCCGGUGGUUUCGACCCGGUUGCAUUGCUCAGAGAGAAGGUUAAAGCUCACCAACAAGUCGAAGCUGACGCAAAGGCCGAAGCAAACAAGGCAGCUGCGUUCGGUCAGACUCAGGGACCUCGACCAGAAAAGCGAAACCGACCUCUUUCCGGCAUUUCACCAACCGCUUCAGGCAAGAAGGCCAAGAGCGACCAUCCAACGGCAGAUCAGAACGCCAUGGAUAUCACAGGAGACGUGCCUGCCAAUCGACGACCAACCAGCUUUGAGCACCUCUUCCGAGCCGGGCCGAUGCCGUGUGCAGUCAUGAUCGAUGCAAAUGUGGUCAUGGGCAACCCAUUCCCAAAAUCAUCAAUGCCAGGCUGGGAUUUAAAGGUCAAACUCGAUCCAGGUGUUUUGGCACAACCCUCCGUCGGACUCAAUUUCAAAUUCGGUAAGGACGGCAGCGACUCCAAACGGGCAGAUCACUACAACACCUUCGCCGUAGGCUGGGAGCCAGGAGUCAAGAUCGGAGGCAAGUGGAUGAUGGAAGAAUUUGGUGUUGAGGCAGCUACGAAGCCAUCAGUUCCCCAACUGCUAAAGUUCACCUACCCGCCCGCCAUUCAAGCGCUCUGCAAGAAGCCAGAAGAUGCCGACAAGCUGUUCUGCAUGACUUUCAAGAGCAACGUCCACAAGUCAUCGCCAAUGAAGGAGGAGUGGGCCCAGGCUUUGAAGGGUGAUGACUGGGUCGCACCUUCCGAUAAUCUGCACCGCAUGUAUAGCGGAGGAGAGCCAAGCUAUCAGGUCACCGUGUGGUUUAUGAACCCCUACGCCACAUCUGAACGACUCAUGGACGGCUGCAUCUUACCACUUACCCAUGCAGUGGAGGACCACACACCGCCAUUCCAUCAAUACCUGGAUGAGAAUGACGAGCCCAUGAUAGACUGGGGCCUAAAAACCAUCGGCAUAAUCGGCAACGGUAUGUAUAGGCGGUAUCCCAAAGUGACGGACCCGGCCGGCAAAAAAGUCGAGGAUAGGUCGCGCAAUCCUACAUACUACAACUUGCCGAAGACGGUAACCUGGGAUUCGAUCAAGACAUUCCACGUCACCUACGGUGUUCCUCUGGUCCGCGAGUUGCAAUACAACGAAGGUGUGCACUCCAAACUCGCGCUGGAUUACCAUAGGGUUUUCCUUCAGAGAAUGCCAGAGUUCACCGUUGAGGGCAAGAACCUAGUGCCCGCCCCGAAGAUGUUGGAUACCUACUGGGCUGGGGUUCGUAUGACCCGUGAUCAGGAGACCGGAACGAAGGCCGCUGUUCCUCCAGUAGGCACGACCGUCACCAUCGAAAUCGGGGACUCCGGGCCGGCAAAGAAAGGGCGCGAGAUGUUCGGCGAGCACCGCUGCUAUGGCAAAGUUGACAGCUAUGGAGGAAGAGCCUGGCUCGAGACGACUGGGACAGACUUCGUUUGUCUGAUGACCAUGCCGAGGCGCUUCAAUAAAGACGUGAAGAGCUGGCCUACUAAGAGGUACUUGGUGGAUGAGAAGCUACCCCUUGCCAUGGUCACUGUCAAGGUCGAUCGUACCACAGCAAAUCGGGACAAACGAGCGUUCGCCAAGCUCUGUAGCGAGGACUAUGCGCCAGGGCUCCUUGACCCGAUCCGUCUGGCCUUUUGGUCAGAUCCCAGCAAAACAGGUACGGUCACUGACCUCACAGCAGGGCCCGCGCACCGUCGGUCAGACGCGAACAAGGAUAAGUACAAGCAGAUCCUUCAAGACUUGAAACAAACCCGCAGGAGCAACCAAAGCCAGGACAAAGUACUCAUGGCAGCCUCUUCCAUGCGAAGUAAUAUCGCAGUGGUACAGGGCCCACCAGGUGCAGGCAAGACGAGGACUCUUCGUGACAAGGUCAUUGCUCUGACCAAAGUUGGACACAAGGUCGUUUGUGUCGCUUCUUCCAACGUUGCCGUGGAUACAGAUGCCAAUGCUGUCUGGAGUGGCCUUAGCCCAGAGGAUAGGAAGGACAUCAAAUGUCUUCGUCUUGAGACCGAUGGCGCAGAGAAAGCGCAGCGGCUUGCAAAGAUCGGCUACGCUGCGUACACUGGCGCGGAUGGUGAGGCAGACAAGAUGCCUGAGUACCUUGGGCCAGAAGAGGCUCAGGAUAACCCAGCCAUCCGGAACGCCCUCGACAAGAUCUGCAUGGAGUUCGCCACACGGCAGGAAUACGCUACUGAGAUGUUCGAGAAGUACGAGAACCUCAAUGAGGCGUACCAGGCUAUCCAGGAAUACGACCCAAUAAAGCGGUCCAACGUUGCCGCCGGUAUGACACUCGACUACCGCAUCUGGGAGAUCACCGAAAGAGAUAGGCGGAUGGCCGAAGCGGACUACAGAGACGCUCGAGAACGCUUGUCACCGGAUGAGUUCCACAGGCAACUUGCCACCGGUGCAAUCUCCAUCGCCAGUUUCGACAACUCCAAAAAAUACAGGGAGUGCAUGGCAAAAUACCAAGCCAAGCGCGGAAGGAUCACUAGGGUAGAGAGGACGGCAUUCGAGGACGAGAGCGACUCUAUGGUCGAGCGAGUGCUGGCAGAGACUCAUAUCUUGUUCAGCAUCGCAAGUAAUUGCGGAGGGUCUCUGCUCGAAGGCUCCCGCUCCUUUGUGCCGACGGCCAUCUUCUGCGAUGAGACUGGCCACAUAUCCAUUCCCAGUCUCUGCGUGCCACUCACGACGUUCGAGAAGUGGGAGGGUCUCUUCUUGUUCGGCGACAUCCAACAGCUUGAGCCCACGGCGCUGUCUGGGCAGUCCAAUGAAUUCUUCGCGAAUGCCAAAGUGUCACCACUGGCUUUACUUGCCAUGAAGGGAUUCAACAGCUUGGUUCUGGACACGCAGUAUCGUAUGUGUCCAGCAUGCUCAGCGUUUCCGCGGUGGCAGUUCUACGACAAUGCAGGUCUGCACGACUCCGAUGAGGUCAAGGAGGACAACGAUGUACGGAAAGCCAUACGCAAAAUGACCCGAGCUGCCAAUGUCGGAGGAGACAAUGGCCAAGGGUCAGAGUACGUCGUUACCAACGUGGCAAAUGGUUGUUCGCGGGUCGAGCUCAACGGGACGUCCCUCGUCAAUUACGCCAAUGCCGACUCUAUCCUCAGAUUGGUGGACCGCUUCCUCACAGAAGGAACCAUCAAGGCUCGGAUGAUCAAGAUCCUUAGCUACUACCAAGGACAGCGUCGCCUUCUCAGAAAAAAGAUUAGCGACAUGCGGUGGCCUAAGGCGAUCAAGGACGCCAUCGAGAUCUCCACCGUCGAUGCCUUCCAGGGUAAGCAGUCUCGCGUUAUCAUCGUCGACAUCGUCGCUGCGAAGGACAAGCUCAAGGCUUCGAUGGCAAGAUACGGGAAUCCGCUCGAGGAUGAAGACGACAAUGGGGGCGAGGGCUACAUCCAACCGGGGAUCGCCACUCGCCACGUGAGGAGUCCCAACCGUCUCAACGUCGCCCUCACUCGCGGUAGGGAUGCUACCUUCGUCUUCUGCCAAGCGGCACUGCUUGUGUCGAACACCAAAACGAACCGCGGUAAGCAAUACAAUGCUAUUGCCAACAUGAUAGGCGACGCCAAAGAGCGCGACUGCAUGAUGACCGAUUGGAUAGAAGACUCGCAUCCCGAGAGCAUCGAGGACCGUGCCAAAAUGGGCGAGGAAAAGCUCCUGGUUGAGCGAGAGACCCAGAGACUGAAGGAUUACGAUUCCCUAGCCGCUGGCAGGGUCAAUUGGAAGGAUAUGAAGAACCUGCCGGCCAGACCCAAGGCUGGUCCGUUGCCAAAGUACCGCACCCGCGGAGGACACACCACGCGGCCUAUCGGUAAUCCCGAGCUCACGGCAAUUGCUGACGCUCACGAUGCGGAGCAAGCGCAAAUCGACCUCGCGAAGGAAGCCUCCGAGGUCACUGCAGAGGCCCAUGCGGCGGAGCAACGGUCUCUGGAGCUAACGAUGAAGGAAUCCCUGAGCUCGUCGGAUUUCCCUCCCCUCCCUACCGCCAAGGCCGUGGACACCUCCGAGCAGCCCUCCGCAAUGGAAAUUUCGAACCAACCUACCGCAGCGGACGCGGAGGCCGACGACGACCAGAAUCAUGAGUCGUGGAUGGUAUUCAGGCGGAGAGGAUAA